GCAAGCCGCCUCACUCGAGGACCGAGGACUCGGCGACGAUGGCGGCACCCUCGGCACCCCAUCAAAGGAGCCCCAGAGCUCGAGGCUUGGCCAAGGUGAGGGCGACUCGAGUCCAAGUCGACAUGGGGGUGGUCGGGAACGGAAUCGGUCUCGGGGACGACGGCGCCAGUGACAGAGACAGACAAUCGCUCAUGUUCAAGAGAGUGGGCUCGGCGGUGUUCUACGGUGCGGCGUCCUUCAUGAUCACUGUCGUGAAUAAAACAGUGCUCACCACUUACAACUUUCCAUCUUUUCAAUGCUUAGCGUUAGGUCAGAUGUUCGCUACAAUCAUAGUUCUCUACACAGCUAAGAAAUUAGGAAUGAUAUCUUUCCCUGACUUAGAAUCAAGCACAUUAAGGAAGAUAUGGCCCCUUCCUCUCAUUUACAUAGGAAAUGUCACUUUUGGACUCGGAGGAACCAAAGAAUUGAGUUUGCCCAUGUUCACUGCCUUACGAAGAUUUUCAAUCUUAAUGACUAUGGUGGCAGAAUUUUACAUUCUUGGAGUGAAGCCAAGUGUGGCAGUUCAGUUCUCAGUAUACACCAUGAUUAUUGGUGCUCUUGUAGCUGCAAGCAAUGACCUUGCUUUUACUGCAGAAGGUUAUAUAUUCGUUCUGAUGAAUGACUUUUUCACUGCUACCCAAGGUGUUUACAUGAAGAAAAAGUUAGAUUCCAAAGAACUAGGAAAGUAUGGCCUUACUUACUACAAUUCUCUCUUUAUGGUCAUACCCUCAUUUUUGUUUGCAUUCAGUCUUGGAGAGAUUGACAAAGCCCUUGAGUUUCCUGAUUGGGGAAAUUUCAUGUUCCUCUCACAAUUCAUACUUUCCUGCAUCAUGGGCUUCAUUCUUUCAUACAGUGUAAUUUUAUGCACCCACUAUAACUCAGCUCUGACAACAACUAUUAUUGGUUGUUUAAAAAAUAUUAGCGUUACAUACUUGGGAAUGGUCAUUGGUGGUGACUAUAUUUUCAGUUGGGUCAAUUUCAUUGGAAUUAAUUUUAGCGUCAUUGGAAGUUUGGUCUAUACAUGGGUCACAUUCCGGCGAAAAGAGCCACCUGUUAGCCACCAGUCAAAGCCACUUAUGUCAUCAGUGUCAAAUGUAUAGUACAUGCUUCAAUGCAUGUUGUCAUGCAUAUCUUAAACAAUUUUUCUAUACUUCAUUCAUGUGAGAAGAAAGUGCUACCCUUGCUUCCAUUAUGUUCAUUGCUCAAGCUUUCCUUUGUGUGUGCGUGAGAGACACAGAGAGAGUACAAAAGCGUUUGUGUAUGUUCUCUUCUUUGUUUUCUUUUCUUUUAUGUCAUAAUGGCACAUUCUUCCCUUGUCUUUUGUUUUCCUUUAAUCUUAAAGAUAUAUGUAUAUGUAAUUUAUUACAUAAAAAACAACCAAAGUGAUGCCAUUAUAGAUGUAAACUAAUUUCAUCACACAUAAGUAAGUUGUAAAUUUACCUGAAGACAGAAACGUACAUCAUAUUGUUGUGGCCCAUUGUGUGUUCAAGAUACAGACCUUAACAAAGAGUGAGAAAGAAACUUAA